AUGGCGGGGGAACACAGCGGGGACCAGUCAUUCUAUGACUUCCUCAUAGAGGAGCCAGAGAUGAUGGCGCCAGCGCCACCCGGUCAUUUUCAGCAUCAACAGCCCAUUUCGCCGCCGAAUCGAACCAGCCGCGAUCCGCCGCCGCGGCCAGACCCGACCGAGAUCGAGACCCACCAUCCAGCCCAUCACCCGGUACUCGGGAUGCAACUACCGGAGCCAUCACGUGCGCAAUCACGCGGGCACCUUCACCUCGACUUACACGGUCCUCCGACUCCUGUAGCUCACGGAGCGCAUCCUUCGCAGGCCUUGCACGACCUCCAUGGGGCCGUUCACGCAACGCAGGGCCCAGCGGGCUUUGCGAACCAACUCCCAGUGUCUACAGGCCCGAUGGCAAUAGAUUGGGGUCUUUACAGCGUUGGACAUAACAGUCUUUCGCUGAAUCCACCUCAAUUCGACUUCCCAGGAGCCAUGAUCCCUGCUGGCGACGGCACGAUCGGCCAUCAGAAUCAUCUCUCACAUACGUCGACAGACCCCGCUUUCGCGUAUGGAAGCGAGCUCGUCUCGCCAUCCAGCAUACAUUCAUCCAGGGGUCACUACGAUAGUGCCGUUUCCAGUCACUGGGAUGACGCUCUCAGUCAUGGAGCGAGCACCCCGAAGGUGACGACGCCCGCUGCUCAUGUAACCGCAAAUCCCUGGGCCGAAGUGGACGAAGUUCAAGAAGACAACCACCCCGCGCCCGCCUCGAGGCCACGAAGAACGACCCGACCUAGAAGACAGAAGAAGGACGCUAGGAAAACCUCUGAAGCUUCUCAGGGCGGCAGCAGCAGUGCUGGUGGUGCGCCUUCGGUAUCUGAUGCGGCCAGUCCCAGUUCUGCGUCACAGAACAGCCGCGCCAGCAUUGGCUCGAAAUCCGCAUCCAUGGUGUCAACGACAUCGACAGCUUCCAGUCGCCAGAGCAAGCUUCGCAGUGCCUCUCGAACGUCCAAGAACAGUCGUGACAAGCCUAAUGAUACUCCAGAAGAACGACGGACCCGAGCGUCGCAUAACCUCGUCGAGAAGCAAUACCGCAACCGCCUGAACGCGCAAUUCGAAUCACUCCUCAAUGCUCUGCCAGAGCAAGCUCGAUCUGGCGGAAAUGGAAACGGAAACGGAAACGGAAACGGUGACGAUAACGAAUCCGAUGCCGCGAACGAUGCAGACCGCCGUGUGAGCAAGGGCGAGGUGCUUGAAAUGGCCCGCAAGCAUAUUCAAGCACUGGAACAGGAACGAAACCAGCUCGAGCGCGAGAACCUCGAACUACAAGGCAGUCUCCGGCGACUCAAAGGAUCUGCCUCGGAGGGUACUGCAUCCUCGUCAGGCCAGCAAACGCCGCUCGAUUUCAAUAGCAACACGGAUCAGGACAAGGCCCGUGACGAUCGAGAUGAGGACUGA